ACGAACAGGGUAAUCUUUCCUUCAACAUUGUUUAGACAAGUCCACUUGACCACUUCUGGAUUAUUGGCCCGUCAAGUACGAAGUCAAUACACCAACCUCAUGAAUCCGAUGACUUUUCAGAGUCUACCAUUUAUGGUCUUCUUACUCUUGUUGUUCCUCCUUAUGUAUUCGGUCGGCUCUCUCUUCCUGCUCCUUGCUUCUCCUUCUCUUUCUUCACUGCGGACCAGAAAUUGAGAGAAGUAGCAGAGGAAGUUCCACAAUUGGGAGGGUUUACUCCCAAGCAGGUUGUACUGUGAAAUGGCAAGUGGUGACAAAGAUGAAUUACCAAUGCUCUCAGACAUGCAUCCGCGAUCCAAUGAGGAGAAUGUUGAUCCCAGAUUUCAGGCAUUUGCUUCCCGAACUCGGAGCGCCUCACUUUCCAUUCCAACAAGUUCCGAGUCCUACAAAAAGGAAACUAAUCUUGUAGGUUUUACUGGUCCAUUGCGUAGUGAAAGAAGAACUCCACAAAUACAAAUGAGUGGACCAUUACAAGUUAGCCGUGUAUCUCGAAAUCUGUUUCAGCCUGGUAAUGGUGUAAUGGGUCAUAAAUUGCUGGAACCUAAGACAGAGAAGUUUCCUUCAUUUAGAGCAAACGAUCAGAAUGACUGGAUGGAUGAGAAACAAGGUGGCAAAAAUGAACACUUAAUGAGGUCUGGGCAGCUGGGCAUGUGCAAUGAUCCUUACUGCACAACUUGCCCAACCUAUUACACCAAGGCAGCACGACAAAAAUACUCAAAAGCUUCGGGCUUAUUUGAUCCCAAGUUCCACAAUGUUCUUUAUGGGGAUGCUAAGGGCUGGGCAAGGAAAUUCAUUUCGUUCGUGGGUUCAUUUAUUCCCGGAGUCAUGAAUCCUCAUUCUAAGUUUGUUCAACAGUGGAACAAAUUUUUUGUUAUCUCUUGUUUGGUGGCAAUUUUUAUAGACCCGUUGUUUUUCUUAUUGCUGUCUACAAACCAGGAUAAUAAGUGCAUAGUUAUUAACUGGCCCAUGACUACAACAAUUGUGGCUUUCAGAAGCAUGACCGAUUUCAUAUACUUGCUGAACAUGCUUCUACAGUUUAGAUUGGCUUAUGUAAAUCCAGAGUCUAGAGUGGUCGGUGCAGGGGAGUUGGUUGAUCAUCCAAAGAAAAUUGCUCGCAAUUACCUUUUGGGAUUCUUUGCUCUUGAUUUAUUUGUUGUACUACCACUUCCUCAAAUUAUGGUAUUAUGGGUGUUACCAAAUAUCGUGGGAGAAUCAGGAGCAAAUUAUGCAAAAAAUCUAUUGCGUGCAGCAGUUCUUCUUCAGUAUAUUCCCAGACUGUAUAGAUUUCUUCCUCUACUUGUGGGGCAUUCUUCAAGUGGCUUUGUAUUUGAGACAGCAUGGGCAAAUUUUAUUAUAAAUCUUCUCACAUUUGUGUUGUCUGGCCAUGUAAUUGGAGCAUGCUGGUACCUUUUGGGUUUACAGAGGGUUAACCAAUGUCUUCGAAAUGCAUGCCAUGACUCUGAUAUGCAUCCUCACUGUAUCAAAUUUAUAGACUGUGGCCAUGGGACCGAUUUUACAGAAUUUAUAUCUGAUAGCACAUGGCCUAACUGGACUCAAAAUGAGAAUGCUAGCGCUUGUUUCACGGUUGAUUCUAAACGGUUUGACUAUGGGAUCUAUAAGCAAGCUGUCAGCCUUACCACAAAAGACAGUGUCAUCACCAGAUAUGUAUAUUCAUUGUUUUGGGGAUUCCAGCAAAUCAGUACUCUGGCUGGAAAUCAAACUCCGAGCUAUUUUGUCCCAGAAGUCCUUUUUACCAUGGCCAUUAUUGGACUGGGCCUCCUUCUCUUCGCUUUUCUUAUAGGAAAUAUGCAGAACUUUCUACAGUCUCUUGGACGGAGGCGGCUAGAAAUGUCACUUAGACGUCGUGAUGUUGAGCAAUGGAUGAGGCAUCGGCGAUUACCACUACAAUUAAGAAGGCAAGUAUUUGAAGCCGAAAGGUAUAAUUGGGCAGCUACAAGAGGAGUAAAUGAAGAAAUGCUACUGGAGAAUCUGCCUGAGGACCUUCAGAAAGACAUAAGACGGCAUCUAUUCAAAUUCGUUAAGAAAAUACGAAUUUUCGAGGUGAUGGAUGAACCCAUCUUGGACGCGAUAUGUGAGAGGUUAAAGCAAAAGCUAUACAUCAAAGGAAGCCAAAUUUUAUAUCAAGGGGGUCUGAUUGAGAAGAUGGUUUUCAUCGUACGUGGAAAACUGGAAAGCAUUGGAGAAGAUGGAAUCAAAGCUCCCUUAAUGGAAGGUGAUGUUUGUGGAGAGGAACUCCUCUCAUGGUGUCUUGAACAUUCUUCGGUGAACAGAGAUCCCAAAAAAAUAAGGAUACCCGGACAGCGAUUGCUUAGCAGCAGAAGAGUAAUAUGCUUGACAAAUGUGGAAGCAUUUUCACUUCGAGCUGCAGAUAUUGAAGAAGUCACCAGUCUUUACGCAAGAUUCUUGCGAAAUUCACGCGUCCAAGGAGCUAUAAGGUACAUAUCACCCUACUGGAGAUGCCUUGCCGCUACCCGGAUUCAGGUGUCAUGGAGAUACAGAAAGAAACGGUUGAGCCGUGCUGACACCGCCCAAUCAAAAUCUUCUACAAAUUAAGCAGUAAUUAUUCGGACAUACAUUCUGUAUGUAAAGUUAUGACCAAGUUCAACAUUCUUUAUGUAGAGUUAUAGCCAAGUUCUUAGAAGGUGGUCUCGCCGGAAAGGCAGCUUGAGAUACAGAAGCUGAUAUGCUUCAAUCUUGAUGUCAAAAGUCGCAUUCAACUUCUACACACUCUCUGUUGUAUUAUUUGUAUUUGUAUUGUUGAUUUAGUUCUAAUAAGGUCACCUCUUUAGGGAUCCAUGUGAAGUA